UUUGCAGAAGGACCCAUAAAACAGUCGUCACCGUCUUCUUGUUUAUUAUUAUUAUUGUGUACAAGUGUAUAUGUGUGUUCUAUAUCUGACUCGAUCUUUCCUCCCACACAUAUUAUCAGUUCCUAUUGUCAGCUGAUGUUCACUCCUCUUCUAAUCUCUCACAGGUUUGGUCGCUGACCACACAUACAGAACACAGCUACAGCCAGUUUCAGCGCCGACGUCUUCACCACCAAUGUACUGUCUACCAUUGUCGUCGCCAGCAACACCAACAAGCGCGGUUUUAUCUCGACGCUGUUAAGUGGAUUGUUUCCACCACGAACAACAGUCAGAACUAACCAGCGAGAAUAUUACGUAUCAGGUUGAAGUUCCAAGUUCUAACCAUGGCCAUUUUAAUGAGAAUUUUAAUGAAUCUGUUUCGAAAGAAACCAAUGAGCAAUGAGUGUCUGGAGAAAACUAAGUUGGCAAGAGUACUCACUUUACUUGACCUAACACUCUUGGGUGUUGGAAGUACCCUUGGUGCAGGGGCCUACGUUUUGUCGGGAGCAGUUGCUCGUGACAAGGCUGGACCCUCAAUUGUUUUAUCAUUCUUUGUUGCUGCAGUCGUGUCUGUUCUUGCAGGGCUUUGUUAUGCUGAAUUUGGGGCCCGUGUACCAAAGACUGGCUCUGCCUAUGUCUAUAGCUACAUCACAGUUGGUGAACUGAUUGCUUUUAUCAUUGGGUGGAACCUCAUCCUGGAAUAUGCCAUUGGUACGGCUAGUGUGGCCAGAGCUUGGACAGCAAACUUCAAUUCCCUCAUUGAUAAUGCAGUCAUUGACUACUUCAACUCAACAAUGCCAAUACGAGUCGAUUAUUUAUCGGAAUAUCCGGACUUCCUGGCAUUCGGUCUUAUAGCUUUGUUGACAAUCUUGCUGACGGUCGGUGUGAAGCAGUCAACUUUGUUCAACAAUGUCUUCACAAUAAUAAACCUCCUUGUACUUCUCUACGUCAUCAUUUGCGGAUUCUUCCAGAUGAAACUGAAAAACUGGCAACUCACUCCAGACGAGAUACCCGCUAAGUAUGGUAAAGGUGGGUUCAUGCCUUAUGGCGUUUCCGGAAUGUUGUCUGGUGCUGCUACAUGUUUCUAUGGAUUUGUUGGAUUUGACUGUAUUGCUACCACUGGUGAGGAGGCAAAGAACCCGCAGAAAUCCAUCCCCAUCAGCAUCAUCCUCUCCCUGAUCAUUGUGUUCCUGUUCUACUUUUUCGUGUCGAUGGUCCUGACCAUGAUGUCACCUUACUAUCUGCUCGACGUCAACGCACCUCUCCCGGCCGUCUUCAGUGCAGUCGGCUGGGAUACGGCAAAGUAUGUAAUUGCCGUGGGGGCCAUUUGUGCAUUGACUGCCAGUAUGGUUGGUGCCAUAUUUCCUCUACCUAGAGUUGUGUACGCAAUGGCUGAAGACAAAGUCAUUUUCGGUGUCUUCUCCAAUGUCUCUGAAAAAUUCAAAACACCAGUUCUAGCUACUAUGAUUGCAGGAUUGUUUUCAGGUCUGACUGCUCUCAUUUUUGAUCUCACUGAACUGGUGAAUAUGAUGUCCAUUGGAACUCUCCUAGCUUACACGUUUGUGGCCAAGUGUGUUGUUAUUCUACGGUAAGUACAUUCAUCAUUUGAC